ACGGAAAACUCGUCGGAACUGAAGCCUGAGAAUUAUUACUCAAAUUUGGCUUGAAGCAUUAGCUGGACGUUCAAUCGGAGUACAGAUUUUCCGCUUGACCGACGUCUCGCAGGACUACGCUGGUCGUCUGGAGCUCUCGUACUGCAGCAUACGGUUCAACAUUUUUGCACCAUCUUGAGAACGGUCCUGCGAGCAAACCUAUCUCGUGCAAUUGUGCUCACGGUGGAUAUCUCUCAAACUCAUUGCUUGCCCGUCUAACCCGUCCAAAUCGCGCGUGAUAGCGUCAUCCGUCGUGCUUCUCGUGACUCGAUCUGCAUAUAAAGCUCUCUGCUAGUCCUAUAACUUUCAACAACAUCAAUCGUCCUCAACUACACCCUCGUAGUACAUUCGCAUACUAUCGAUCUAGUAUCACCUAUAGUCAUGUCUCCUUCCGCAGUCUCCAAGCACGACUUCACUAGUGUCCCUAUCCUCGACUAUACUCUCCUCUCAACUCCGGAAGGGCGCAAGUCCUUUAUCGACCAGCUCCGACAUGCUCUCAUCUUCGUCGGAUUCUUCUACCUCCAGCAUCCACCUGUCCCUCAGACGCUUGUCCAGUCACUGAUCGACUAUAUUCCGAAGCUCUUUGAGCUUCCGCAAGAUAAGAAGGACCGUAUACGCAUGGCGAACUCGCCACGCUUCCUCGGCUACUCGCGUUUUGGUGCCGAACUGACACGCGGUGCGACUGACCAGCGUGAACAGUACGAUUUCGCGACCGAAUACAAGGGCCAAGGCGACAAAGAGGACGAACCUGAGUACACCAAGUUACAGGGCGAACCUCAGUGGCCAGACGAAAAAGACAUACCAGGAUUCAAAGCUACCAUCACAGAAUAUUACUCCCGUCUCGCAGACCUAAGCUAUGAGCUUACAUGUCUCCUAUCCGAAGCGCUCGGUCUUCCUCCAGACGGUCUCUCCGCAUUCUUCGAGGACCGCGAGCAAAUCCAGCACCGCGGCAAAAUCGUGAAGUACCCGUCGCCCAAAUCCGAGAACGACUCUUCUCAAGGUGUCGGUCCACACUUCGACGCAGGAUUCCUCACGCUGCUACUUCAGGCGUCUCCACACCGUGGCUUGCAGGUCCAAUCGCUUUCCGGAGCUUGGAUCGACGCGCCUCCACUCCCCGAUACUCUCGUCAUUAACUUCGGGAAGGGAUUGGAAGCGGUGACUCGCGGACUUGCGCGUGCGACGAGUCAUCGUGUUUUGAGCCCUGCUGUUGGCUCGACACCGCGCUACUCCGUUCCGUUCUUCCAAAGGAUUACCCAGAAAGUCGUACUCGCGGAACAUAUCCCAGAGUUCUCACCUGAGAUCAUGAAACUGAAAGAAGAACGCGGCGAGACCGGCUUAACAGAUUCCGUAAAUUACGCAGAGUACGAAACGCUUCCUUCAGGCCAGGUUGAACUUAUAGGCAGAGUCAAGAGUCAUCCAGACGUUGCAGAGCGUCACUAUCCAAAUCUCUUCCAGCAGUUCUUCCCGCAGGGUAUCCCGAAACAAGUGAAUGUUUAUUAAUAUUAAGACUACUGCUCUCUCUUCCUCUUCCUCCUCUUUACUUUUUUGCCAUGAUAUUUCUAUUUGUCUUUGUAUCCUUGAGCAGGGUCCAACCUUGCCUUGCCUUCGUUUCCUAAAGUCGGUUUAUACCUCCUUUAUAACCUCUUUCUCGUCUCUCCUAGAUGAGGAUAAAAUACUUACAAAGAAACUAAGCUUUGUACAUAUGUAUGAUCG